AUGAUUUAUGUCCCUUUCGACCUGUCGUGUGCGAUUACUGGUCGGGAGAAUCCGUCACCCGGGCCCAUGAAUAAUUCACUUGUCUUCCGGGACUUGUUUGCAGAUUCCGUGUGGCGUCUCGAGUCGAGUCGGACGAAGGAUUUGCGUCGCGAGUCGGGUCGCCGACCCGUUUUGCGAACCGGUUCCGUUUUGGUACGAGUGUCGACGACGACGGCGACGAGGACAACAACAACAACAACAACGAGGGAGAAGGAGGAGGAGGAAAUAAUAAGUGUGAUCGAGCUGGGUGCAAUUAAUUUGCCUGCUUCGGUCUUGGAAAUCGUGCAAUGUUCUGCUUUGGAUAAUGGUCAAAAUGUGUGA